AUGACCACCAAUGACACCGUUAGUACCCCUGGUAACUAUACAGAUUUCGAAAGGUUCAAUCCUUUCAAAGACAAUCAAGACGAACUAUUGCAUGUAAGCUGGACUUCAUUGCAACAAAUAUAUCCAAACCUCUCUCUCUAUGGUGGCCCAACAGUAAUCUUCCCCGUACAGUUAUUCUACGUUAUUGGCACGGCAAAGGGAUCCGUCAUUAUAUUCACCAAAACACAAUUUGUUCAAUCUGUGUUGUCCCCCUCUAUUAAGGAUUUUAGAUCUAAAGUUACUUCCAUUGACAUUAACCAGGAUGGAACUCAUAUUUGCGCAGGUUAUGAAUCUGGUGACAUUUUCAUCUGGGACCUAAAUUCAGACGCUGAUAAUGAAUCCAACUCAAAUCAAAAAGAGGCCGUGCUGCAUAUUGCCUCGCAUAAGGGACACAUGUUUAAUGGGAUCAGUUUCAUUCCGGGGAAGCAUACAAAUAUAGUGGCGAGCGACUCAACAGGACACAUAGUUAUCCAUAAAGGUAAUAGAAACCAUCUUUGGCAGCUUGUCCCAAGUUCAAAGGAGAUAAUGCGACUAAAUCCUAUGACAAACCCUUUACUUAUGACAAGAAUACGAAAUAACGGCGAAAAUUAUGAGGCUGAACAUUUAAUGGCCGUACUUUCCAGCCGAUCGUUUGCAAUAAUAUCACUAUCCGCUCCUACGAUGUAUACUUCAAGGCUAGUUGAGCUGCCAUCCAAAAAUUCAUCUGCCUUCGGUUAUAUUGCCUGGAAUAGUUUUAAUAUGAACCAAGUGGCAUUCUCUGUGGAUAAUCAGCUAAGUUUGAUAGAUUUAGAGAAUCUGCAAUUUCAAUGGUCAUAUGAAGCUCCAGAGCCUAUUUGCAAGAUAGAUUGGCUCACAGAUAAAAUAAUGACUAUUUUACUGGUUUCAAACAGGUUACUUUUUAUCGAUACCAAUGCGCCUAAUAAUGAAGAAGAUAACGCAGUUCUCACAUCAAUAGAUCUACUAGUUAGCGAUAUCAUUGUUCCGAACUCCGAAAACCAUUUUGCAGCGAUUGGAAGCAAAAUCGUUGUUCUUACUAAUUAUUGCUUAAAAGUUGGUAAACUCAAUUCAUGGUCCGAUAUUGUUUUAUACCACAUCCAUCAGGGGAAUUAUAUAAAUGCAUUGGGAACGCUAGGUUUCUGCUUACAAAAAACAACUUCUGACUCUAUUAUCGGGCUAUUACGUUUGGAAAAAGAAUAUGAUAAAAGAAUGGAACAAAUUGAGCCAUCAUUCAAUAAUUUGACCCUUGCAACAGUACAGUAUCUACUAAAGCAGAGCAAUAUAGACUACGAAAAAGUAAUGGAAACUGCCUCGUUAGUGUUUGACUUGGGCAUGAUAUUUUCCAAGGAAAAAAUGUAUGGAUUAUUAGAACAAGUAGGGGAGGCCUUGAUGAUAAAGCACAAUGAUGAAUUUCAAGAGGUCUUGUAUGAAAAAAUAGUAAAUGGGACUGUUACUUACUUAUCUCCCAUUCUCUUCAAAGCCGUGAUGGAAUACACUGUUUCAUCAGGUAUGGAAAGGCGAUUAGAAACAAUACUAUUGUCACUUGAUAUCUCUACAUUGGAUAUAGACUACGCCAUGAGAAUCUGUAAAGAAUUCCAAUUAUAUCCCGCUAUUUUUUACUUGUGGAACACAAUUUUAGACGACUAUCAACGCCCAUUAGCUGACAUCAUUCUAUUUUUUGCUGGGAAGUCCGAAGAAUGCGUUAUAAUAGACGAAAAUGUCAAAAGUGCUAUGUUAUUUGAUUAUCUCGAAUCUACAAUAACUGGCAGAAUAUUUCCAACUGAAAAAAGACUCGUGUCUGCAGAAGAAUUGAAAGUGAAAAAUGAAUACUAUAAUCUACUGUUCAGUGGUUCGACAACCGAAUUCCCGGUUGGCAGCGGAUCUAAACUCUUAACAAAGGCUACUGCAACAGAAGAACCAGUGUUUCCGUAUGCAUCUCUUCUCUUAGAUAAGGAUGCAGGAGGGUUUUUGAAAGUGCUUGAUGUUUCUUUUGAGGACGCUGUAUUCAACGAAUCCCCAGAUAGAACAUUUCAAUUUACGAGACAGUAUUUGAUCGAUGCUCUUUUGGAUAUUCUGCGGGAUUCUGUGCAAGAUUCUGUUAAAGUUCAAAUUUCCAUUUUCAUUUGUAAAAACCUUCCAAAAUACUCGCAAUUUAUCAGAUUAACAAAUACAGUAAUCGAAUCUCUUAUUGAUAUCAUUUACUCUAACAAAAUCAAAGAGUUAGAGGAACCUUCAGAACAGUGUUUGGAAGCAUUGCUUUCAUUCUACACCCCAACCGAUGUCAAUUUGCUAAUUGAAAAGUUCUCUCAGUCAUCUUUUUACCAUGUUAAAUUAUUGUUGUACAAAAAGGCAGCAAGAUAUGCUGAUUACCUGUCUCUCUUCCUAAGUGAUACAAACAAUAACAUGUCACAAGAUAGCUUGCUGUCAUGCCUUAAACUAUGUCAGCGAGCAAGCGAAUCGUCCCCGGUUAUUCAUCAUCAACUCAAUGAGGUAAUAUGUCAUAAUUUCGAAAAGAUAGUGACAUCUUUCCAAGAUAUGGAUGUCCUAGUCUCUAUAAUAGAAUGUUUUGAUAGUUCUCUACAAAGCAAUAUACUUUCAGUUUCUGAUAAAAAAUUGGUACUGCAGUAUCUUCGCUGUCUGUUUUGUAAAGACUAUCAUUUAUCAGGCCCCUUUUUGAAAGAAGCUAGAAUAAAAUAUCUUUCUCUCUUAUACGAGAACAAUGAUGAGGAGAAUAUAACAACAUGGAUCGAGACUGUAGAUCUGAAAAAUGUUGACAUUGAUAGUGUCGUUCAUAUAAUUAACAACUAUAAUGAUUCCAAAACCCUUGUGAAACUCUUUAUAAGAUUACAGAGGUACAAAUCAGCCAUUAAUGAAAUCAAUUCAAGAAUAAACGCAUUAUUGAAAGACAAGAAUUUGGAAGGUAUAAACGAAUUCUUAGAUUUAGGAAUUGUGGUUUCGCAAAGUUCUGACAAUGCUACAGAAGAAUGGGUAGCACUGCUAUCCAACUUAGUCUCUCAAUAUCCUUCUUUGACGGAUGAACAGAAAAGUAUGUGUGACCGAAGUUUACAGAAGCUUUUCAUUAAACUCUCCGACAGAAAAGAUGAGAAUACAACCAACUAUAAUGAUAAUUACUUUGGUGCUAUUAUAAUGCAGAUUUUCGAGGACAAAUCUCUUAUACUCAACAAAAUACAAGAUAUUAAAACAGUUCUGUUGAAUAUCUUCACAGCAUAUUCCGUUGAAGAAACUACUAAACUUUUAAUACUACAAAUUAUUAACCAAUCUGCAUCUUUGGAUGUGUCCACCUAUAUUCGUAAGCGUAGAGAAGGAUGGGCUAUUAAGUCGUAUGAGUGCGAAGUCUGUGGUAAAAAAAUAUGGGGAAUUGGCAUUGAAAACAAAAUUUUCGAUAUAUGGGAGAAAAACAGGACGUUAGACGGAAAAAAAUCAGAAAUAGGUGACAGUGGGAUCUUAGUGUACAGCUGUGGCCAUGGAUUUCAUGAAACUUGUUUAAAAAACAUGGGACAGCAUGCUGAAAGCUAUCAUUGUUUGCUCUGUGAUGAUCAUUGA